AUGAAAGUUGAUCAAAGGCAUGCAACUUCAAAGUUGAUUAGUGGUUACAUUAUUGACAAUCUUCGAGACCAAAGGUUUGAAGUUACACCAGCUUUUGUCAUGGCAGAAAUGCAAAAAUUGCAUGGAAUAGACAUUGGGUAUCACAAGGCGUGGCGUGAUAUUCAAUGUGCUUCAACUUUAAUAAGAGGAACUCCUGAAGAGAAUUAUGAUUUAUUGUCUUCAUACUUGUAUAUGAUGAAAAGUAAAAAUCUGGGAACAUAUACUAACAUAAAGAUAGACGACAACAACAGAAUUAAAGAUUCAACACUAUUCAAGAUAGUAAAGAUUGAGAAAAAUCAUGACUGCUCAGUUAACACUAUGAAAGCUGAUCAAAGGCAUGCAACUUCAAAGUUGAUUAGUGGUUACAUUAUCGACAAUCUUCGAGACCCAAGGUUUGAAGUUACACCAGCCUUUGUCAUGGCAGAAAUGCAAAAAUUGCAUGGACUAGACAUUGGUUAUCACAAAGCGUGGCGUGCUAUUCAAUGUGCUUCAACUUUAAUAAGAGGAACUCCUGAAGAGAAUUAUGAUUUAUUGUCUUCAUACUUGUAUAUGAUGAAAAGUAAAAAUCUGGGAACAUAUACUAACAUAAAGAUAGACGACAACAACAGGUUUCCUUAUAUGUUUUAUGCAUAUGGAUCAUCAAUAACUGGUUGGAAUUAUUGUAGACCAGUGAUUGUUGUUGAUACAAAUUUUUUGAAGUCAAAAUUUCGUGGUGUUUUAAUGAUUUCAGCUUCAAAUGAUGCAAAUAACCAAAAUUUUCCACUAGCCUUUGGAAUUGCAGAAUCUGAAAAUAACAAUUCCUAUGAGUGGUACUUUAGUGAACAUUGCAAUGCAAUUGGGAGCCGUGAAAAUUAA